AUGAAAGGAAGUAUGAACCGUAAUUUGAAAGUAGCUUGCAGAAUGGAAAUGAAAAUGAAGCAGUACAAAUUUUCGGCGAUGUAUUUGGCGCAAUCGGAGAAAAGACGAAGCGCUUUUAAAGAUGUUAAGACAGGUAAACCUCUGAAUAGUUGGAUGUGUGCUAAUGUGCAAUGUGAAUUACAACUUAUGGAUCGUUUCACGGGUAUCACUUCCUGUGCCGAUUUGGUUGAUCCACUUCGUCGAUCAUUGAUUCCGUCGUUUUUGCAUAGUUGGCCAGCUUUUGUAGGAUUUCCACCACCAAUGUUGAAUGUUUCGCAAGGAUCAGUUGCCGAUAUGCUUUUGCGACCUUGUUCUCGAGUAUCGGAAUCAACAAGUGGAUGUGAAGCAUCCGCAAGUGAUGAGCAUGUUUCAUCAGAGAUGGUUGCUGAUGAAAUCGAUGAAAUUGUCGGAAAGGAUGUACAACAACAACAACAACAGCAGCAGCAGGAGCAGCAACAUCAUGAUGAGACGGCAAUAAUCGACGAAGGAAUUGUCAAAUUUGAUGCUGUGCCAUUCAUCGAGAGUAGUGAUUUGAAAGGGAAAUCGAUGACACAGAUAAUUAUUCCUAUCGCAUCAAAAAGUAAUGGUAAGAGACGAGUGCAGUGCUUGAAAUGUUUCAAGACAUUCUGUGAUAAAGGAGCACUGAAAAUUCACAACAGUGCAGUACAUCUGAAAGAAAUGCACAAGUGUACAGUAGAAGGAUGUGAAAUGAUGUUUUCAUCAAGACGUAGCAGAAACCGACAUUCAGCUAAUCCUAAUCCAAAGCUGCACACUUCUGCUACACAGCGACAAUUCGAUUCAUUCAGCGGUGAUAAUUCGCGUGAUAGUUCUGUUCCAAAAAUGGAUAAUUUGUUAUAUUUUGCCGGUUCAUCGGAAGCAAGCGUAAGUGCUCAUUCGCCACUUUCACAAAGUAAUAGUGAUACUUCCACAUCAACACGAUUAAAAUUAACUCCGGAAAAGAAUACCCAUUUUGGGACACGUAAACGCAAGUGUGAUAGGCCUGUUAAAUUGGCAGUUACUGAUGAAAUAAUACAUGCAAAACGAGAGCCAUACAAUUCUGCUGCAGCAAGAGUAGUAGCAAUAUCAGAAUACAAUCAAACAUCGUCAACUGCACCGCUUGAUCUUACAAAUGGAAAAGCAGAUCCGAAGCAGCUUUCUAGUGCUAUUAUGGUAGAACCUACCAGUGUAUCUUCAACAUUAUUUGCACCGGCAGCAGCAGCAGCAGCAGCAGUGACAGCGUCAAAUUCAGCCGUGCUAACACCAAUUACGGAAAUGAUAAGAAUAUUGCAACAAGCGCACAUGUUCAAUUCACAACGACAUAAUAGUACUGGUAGCGUUCAACGUGGUUUUAGUUUGCUGCAACUUAUGCAAGAACAAGCUAAUGUUGGAAAAUGA